UAAUGUUAAUAUUGAUUUUGUUAUCAUUAGCUUACGCUCAAAUUCAGGAUGAAAAAUAAUUGACAAACGCUGCUUGUGUUAUCUUUUCUAGAUAUUAUUUACAAUAAAAUUAAGCGUAGGCUGGAAAGGUUAUAGGAGAGAUGAUUCAAUAGCAAGGAUUAUCAUAAGAAGAUGCUGUAAUGUUUGCUGUUGCAUCUUUAGUUGAAACAUGUUUAGAUAGCAUCUCUACUUAAGAGACAAUGGAGGUAAAGAUAACUGUAUUAAGUAGAUUAUUCAAUAAUUACAAACUUAAAAAAUUAAUCUGGAGGCUCAUAAACAUUUAGUUGAGAAAGCUGAUCUAAGUAAGUAUGGAUCAAAAAAGAAGAGCUCUAAAAAAAAUGAAAUUCUUAAAAUCAUAAAAUCAAUCGAUGAAUUGAUUAAUUAAUAAAAAAAAGAAUUUGAAGGUGGGGAUGAUGGAAAUGAUUAAUCAGAUACAGGAAGAAAGAGAUAGCGUAAUAAAAAUAAAUCAUAAGAAUUACCUGAUUUAUCAAUUUUUGAAUUAAAGGAAUGGCUUGUUCUUUCUUCUUUUGUUUUAGUAGGUGUUUUACUUUCAUAUAUAAGUAUUUAAUUUUUUAUAUUUUUUAGUUUGUUGUGUUCCUGAGAAAAAGAAAGAAUAAAAGAAGGAUUAAAAGAAAGUUAAUGUAAAAUAAUAGGAUGAAGAUAAAUCUACACCUAAAAAGGAAGGAGAAAAACAUUCAUCUGAGGAUGAAAACUCUUCUUAAGAAGGUGCAGAAAAUAAAGAAAAAUAAAAAGUAGAAUGAAUGU